UCAGACAAUUCCAUUCAACAACAAGCAAAACAAACUCACAAGUAAAGCAAAUCUCUUAGUUACAGAAGUUCAAAUUCACAUCAUGAAGAGAGGCAUUGCAGAAGUUGAAUACGAAGUUGGAACCAUGGACAUGGCCAAGUGUUUGAUGCUGCUCUCUAAAGUUGGCGAAGCCAAUUCAGGAAACCGUGUGUUUACAUGCAAAACGUGCAACAGAGAAUUCUCGUCGUUUCAGGCGUUGGGCGGGCACAGAGCCAGCCACAAGAAGCCGAAAUUGAUGGGAGGAGAGUUGUUUGAUAACACGCAGAUGCCUGCUUCUCCUAAGAAGCCUAAAGCACACGAGUGUUCUAUCUGUGGGCUUGCGUUUCCUAUUGGCCAAGCUCUCGGUGGUCACAUGAGGAGACACAGGGCUGCUUUGACUGGUGAUGCGUUGGUUACUCGGCCUCUUUUGCCGGUUCCAGUUCUGAAGAAAUCGAAUAGUAACAAGAGAGUUGUCUGCCUGGAUUUGAACUUGACGCCGUUCGAGAAUGAUUUGAAGUUAUGGGUGGCUUAAGAUUGGCUGAUUAUUAAUGGAUUUAGUCUUAGAUCAUAGGUCUUAAUUCCUCUUCUUUGUAUUUACCAACUUGUUGGAAUUUUGUGCCAGAAUUUAUUCAUUUGUUCUUAUGAACAGUCACAUACACACAUAUAUAUAUAUAUAUUUUCAUUUUUUGUA